AUGGCUACGCAGACAGCAGAGCUGCACUGGCACCGGCAUGAAGACAUCGAGAGGCCAGAGCUGUUGGUCAACACACAGCUGAUAGCCAGAAGGUUCACAAGCCUCACCUAGGAAGAGUGUCCCUGGGAAUUUUCAGGCCCUGAAAGUGAAUGGGGUCUCCUGCCCAAUGGGGAAAGGCACGGAAGUGACCUCUGCCUGGGUGGGAGGACAGUCACUGUUUGCAUAUUCCGGGGUGAUCAGGGUCAGUUUAACUUGUCAUAUGCCACAGCAAGACAUAAGCAUCAAGACAACAACAGCGGCCUGGGAUCUGUUGCUCCUGUAUCAGCUCCCACCACAUCUGGAGCGUGGCACUUCCUUUCUCAAGCUCCCAAGGAUGCCCAGGGAGCGGUUAGAAUCAGGCCAGAUCGGAUGAGCUUGUCACAUCUGGUUGUCUGCACUUUGUCCUCCAAUUACCCAGCUCUGCUAACUGUCUCCUGGAAGCCAGGGAGGAGAGUGACUAGUUCAUACCUAAACAGAAAGUCUGAAGAGCCCUAG